UUACGAGCCCCGCCGCCACCUCCCAAAAUCCCGAGCGCUUCCGACUCCGAGAUCUGAGAGCUCCGCCACCGCCACCUCCCAAAAUCCCGAGCGCUUCCGACUCCGAGAUCUGAGAGCUCCGCCACCGCCACCGCCGCCGCCGUCCCCGUCCCCAUCCCCACACCCGGAUAUGCUGCGUGUCCUUUCGAAGUCCCUCUCCACGGUCGCCCGCGCUGGGCCGGCGACCUCUGACUCCCUCCUCAGCGGCCAUCGUGCUGCUGCCGGCGAGAUCCUCCCGGGGCCGGUUCCCACCUACGGCCUGCUCACUCCUCGCCGCGGGAUGGCCACGGGGCGGAUCGAACAAAUGAUGUAAGCCCAAAAUCCUUAACCCUGGCACUCGAGUUUCGGAUCUGGUUAGGGCAUCUACAACGCGAGUCGAUUAGCGCUUAGAGCGUCAAAUCCUGACGCUUGGGAUGACAUCGGGGCGUCAAAUCCCUACUGUGUAUGAUGAUACUGCCUUCACCUUCCACUCGGGCACUGGGCUUGUGGUUCAGAACCACCUCAACCAUGUCUCUGUCCGAGGCGUUGCUUGAUAAAGACAAUUGGCUGAUAUCUAAGAAGACUGGCGAGUAUGCCUUCGCAAAGCUGGACGACUGGAACACCGCCCCACUGACCCCAGAGCGAGAGCUAGGCGACUUCAGAGCAUUGCACUCAAGGUUUGUGAACAUCCUGCGGCAAACAAAUGGCAGGGACUAUGAGGACAUGUUGCCGCCCGACCUCAAGGACUUCCUGGAGAAGCUGAUCGCUGAUGACCUCAAGGUCCAGCACAUCGUUUGCCAUUCCUUCUUCUUACCGUGCCUCUCCAAGUUCCUUCUAAGGGUACUUCUUGAUGUGAAACUGAAGCGGCCACUGCUAACCGCUGACUGCCAGAAGCGAAACGACAUCACGAAGAUGUUUGUCGAGAUGCCCUAUGUCGAUGUGGAAGGCAAUGUGCUCCGGAAGAUUGUGGAGAACAACGUCUUCCUCCGUUCCUGGCAGAAGCGUAUUGAUGAAGACAAGGCCAGAUGGAGCCUGGAGGAGCCAGAGAAGACCGAGAGAGCAAUGGGCUUUGAUGAAGAAAAGGCCGGAUGGAGCUUUAUGGAGCCAGAGAAGAUGACGCUGAGCAUUGAUCAGGAAGGGGCAAGAUGGGGCUUGAUCGAGCAACAGAGGACUGGGAGACCACUGGACCCACUGGACCCUAGAGUUCAGAUUGCCAGCAAGCUUAUUGCUGUGCUGAGGGCUGGCUGCCUUCAUUAUCAUAAGCCAAACCUUCCCAAGGAAUUUGAGGGACUGCUGCAGGGGAUAACCAUCGACAAAGUCAUACGUAUGAUGAACAUUGAGUUCCCAAAGUUUGAGCAGAGGACGCUCGAACUGUUGGCCGAGCACGGCCUCUGGGAUCAUCUUGAGAUCGUCAAACUAUUUGGCAAGUAUGCCGCGAGGCUCCAGGAGGUAAUUGAGAGGGACAAGGUCCGCCCAGCGGAGAAGGCUGCAAAGUCGGCGAAGGCACGCCAGUAGCUCCUCCUGCGCCUCCACAUGUGGUAUACUAUGUGGAGCGAGCAAGCCAUGAACUUCCAUGAAGCUGGAGUUUAUCUGGUGAUGUCUAUGAAGCUGGAGUUUGGCUGUUUGUCUUGACCGAGGAUCAAGCCAUGAUCUUCCAGCAGCCCAGAAAUUGUUGUUGUGUGCGGGCUAUCUUGUCAGUUUCAGUAAUUCGUAAAAAAACCGAUUGCUUUUGUGCAAUUCAUGAUUUUGUGGUCUCUGGCACUUAAAAGUCAAAUUUGUCUGUAUAACAUUCAAUCGUCGCCAAGAUUCUGCUUCAUCAAA